AUGCUCUUCUUUGACGGUGUUCAAUACUUUUUCAAAAAAUCCAAAAAUCCAAAAUGGUCAAAUAUCCUAGGAAGACUGGCACUGCAGGGUCUCCGCACCCUGAUACUUCCAUCAGCUCAGCAGACCCAGCCAAAUGUCAAGCUUCCGCCGCUUCCGAUCAAGAGGAGCGCCACUGCAGCUCAACGGACCCAGUCUAACGUCAAGCUUCUGCCGCUCCUGAUUGCGAGGAGCACCACUCGGGAUUCCCAAGAACCUGCGACUUGGGUCUUCCGACGUGGAAUAGCCGCAUUCCAAGCCAAGAACUAUCAACGUGCGGUUCGAUAUUUUGAUCAAGCAUUUGAGGCAUCCUCAAAUGAAUCCAUCACGCUUAAAAUCAAUAUCCUUGAUAGUCGCGCAGCAGCAAAGGAAAAACUUGAUGAUAUCAAGGGUAGUUUAUCAGAUGCAAAACUGACAAUUGUGUGCACCUCUUCUUGA